CAGUAUGGUGCCCUGCGGUGUGAUGAUGUGGAGUAGCAGCGGAUCAUUUCCGCACAGCCGCUUCACGGUGAGGUGGAGGAAGAUCAGCCACGGCGCUGUAACAGCUGCACCGGCCGCGGUCUCCCUGCCCUGAUGUGUGCGUUGUGAGAGAGAGAGGGGAGAGAGACAUCGAGAGAGAUAGAGAGAGAGAGAGAGAGAGAGGGAUGGAGCUGGAGCUGGGUCUGGGUCUGGGUCUGGGUCUCUGUCAGCUCCUCCAGGCUGCUGCAGUUUUGGCUCUGCUCCUCUUACUGCUGGUUAUUGUAAUCGCCCACGCUACAGCCGGUAUGGUGGACCAGACACGUGCGGAGCAGGAGAAACACUUCCUCACGGCUUCAGGGAACAAGGAGCCGUUCCCUAGUCUGUUUGACCCCCAUUCCAGGGAGCUGUCUGUAGUCGUGCCCUCCUACAAUGAGGAGUCCAGAUUGCCCGUCAUGAUGGAAGAAGCCAUGGAGUACUUGGAGAAAAGACAGAAGAAAAAUCCGUCGUUUACCUAUGAGGUCAUUAUAGUUGAUGAUGGCAGCAAAGACAGAACCACAGAGGUUGCCUUGGGGUACACAAAGAAGUAUGGAGCAGACAAAGUGAGGGUCCUGACUCUGAAGAAGAACCGUGGUAAGGGGGGCGCUGUGCGGAUGGGCACUCUGAGCUCUCGCGGUCGUCUUAUUCUGAUGGCAGACGCGGAUGGAGCCACGAAGUUUGGCGACAUUGAAAAGGUGGAAGCUGGUCUGGAGAAUCUCAGCCCAAAGCCGGAGAACAUGGCUAUAUCCUGUGGUUCCAGGGCUCACUUGGAAAAAGACUCAGUGGCUCAGCGGUCCCUGUUCCGGACCAUCCUGAUGUACGGGUUCCACUUCUUGGUGUGGUUCUUCUGUGUGAAGGGGAUCAAGGAUACCCAGUGUGGUUUCAAGCUCUUCACUCGUGAGGCAGCACUGAGGACCUUCAGCAGUCUGCAUGUGGAGCGCUGGGCAUUUGAUGUUGAGCUCCUGUAUGUAGCCCAGUGCUUAAAGAUACCUAUAGCUGAAGUGGCAGUCAACUGGACUGAGAUUGAAGGGUCAAAGCUGGUGCCGUUCUGGAGCUGGCUACAGAUGGGCAGAGAUCUAGUCUCCAUUAGACUACGUUACAUCACUGGUGCCUGGAGACUGGAGUCCCCGAGGAAAACCCAGUAGCCUUUGCUGCAGUUGGCCUGUGGAUGCACAUGAGCAAACAGUGCUUCGUGUGUGUGUCACCCCCACAUGGCACUGCUACAGCUGGCAGAGUUCGUAAUCAGUGACCAGGAUUGUUACCACGCAUUGUGUCAAACUAUGUAGUGACUAUAAUCUUUUUAUUAUUUCAGGAUUUUGCCCUUGGUGAACUGUAAAUGUUUUCCAUAUGAUGUUUAUUUUAGCUUUUUGGAGGGGGCUCACACUGACGUGUAGAGAUUUUCAUUUGAAGAGCACUCAGUGUUCAGCCAAAUAAAAGAACAGUUAAUAUAA